AUGGCGGAUACUUCACUUUUUAUUCUUCGGGCCAAAGAGUUUCACCUCUUUGUUCUUGUGUAUGUUGAUGAUCUCAUUGUCACAGGCAGUUGUCCCAACCGUAUUCAAGAGUUUAUCACUUCGCUGGCAGCUCGAUUCUCUCUCAAGGAUCUUGGACUUCUCUCAUUUUUCCUCGGCAUUGAAGCGUCGCGGUCGGCCAAAGGACUCUUCCUUUGCCAGUGCAAGUAUAUCUCCGAUCUUUUACACCGCAACAACAUGCAUGAUGCGAAGGCCGUCUCCACUCCGAUGGCUUCUACCUCUCGGCUUACACUCAAGUCCGAUUGGGCUGGUGACCCUGGAGAUUUCAAGUCCACCGGAGCGUUUGUAGUGUAUCUUGGUAAACAUCCUAUAUCUUGGUCCUCGAAGAAGCUCUCGGUCACUCUCGAUCCUCCACCGAAGCCGAGUACAGUGGAAUCUGGUUCUCUUCGAGUUCUGCAUGUUAGCUCGCGGGAUCAACUUGCAAACGUUCUUACCAAACCGCUUCCCCGGAAUUCAUUUCACGAUCUCAUUGCCAAGAUCGGCAUCACCUCCGGUGCUCCGACUUGA